GGUGACGUGGGCUCAAACACACGUCAUCAAACUGCGUGGCUCACGUUAAUCCUGCGCUCGAGGUAAAGGCACUUCUCAGAGCAAAUUUCGCGCGACGGAACAAAAUGCUUUUAUGAUCGAUACCCAUCGUAUUGUUUGUUUUGUUUACCGAGACUCGCGUGUAAUUAGUUUAUGAGUCUUAUAUUCACAAUCCUCCCUGACGACGUCACCUUUGCUAAUCUAUGAUCAAGAGUUUCCCCCGCGAGCAGUUUCACGAUUUACUAGUAGUUGAGCAACAUUUCAGUUUCCUUUCAUCAAUUCUAUUGAUUGAUUUCCUUCUUGUACAUCUCGGUUUUAAAAAAAAAUAAUAAUAAUAAUAAUAAAAAAAGCCCAUCUGCUGAAUGCAAUGAUUUAUCAUUGGGAAGACAUGGCCAUGCAGGGGUCUCUUUGAAUGUGCGGAUUUUAUGGCUGCACACUGAGGCCUUUCAAUGUGCGAGGGGCCUUCAUCAAUAUGUGGACCCAUCCCACCAGACCCGUCGCUGUUUCCCCAGUACUACAAAAGACCUACUUCAGCUCUGGGACGCUUAGAGGGAAACAAACAGGGUACGUCGACGCUGCUGUCGGGGCCCCUCGCUCCGGAUCCUGUACUGCACCCUGACUGCUACAGCGCUCGCGCCUCAGCGCGACGUCCACGCAUCAGUGCCAACGCUUCCCACAUUCUGGAGCGAGGCCAGAGAGGCGUCAUGAGGGAGCUUCUGAAAGUGGAUUAUUUUCCUGACACAGAGAUAACCAAACCCAAGCGAGAGUUCGACUUUCGUAAAGACAAUAUCCGGCGGCUUCGGGAAAUCCAGAGACGCUGCAAAGAAGUGGAAGCUGAGAGGGCUCGUUCUGCUCCAGUCAAAGCUUUGUGGACUUCAACUAAAUACCACAAUGUCCAAUCCAAAUUCAUGGAAGACAUACAGGUUAGCAGUGCAGCCGUGAAACCACAGUGUCAAACCUUUCUAAAGGGUCACUCUAAAAAUAAAGCACCACCAAGACCACACUCAACACCCGCCGCUGUGACCUCGCGUCACUCUUGCACGCCGGUACAGGACAAGAAUUUGCAAGUAAAAGGCCAGAGCAUAGACUUCAUCAAGUAUAACGCACGGGCUGCGGGAAAGACUAUGCAGAGGUCCCAGUCGCUGACAAACCUGCGAGAUAAACCAGUGCCCAGCGCUGUCAUAGGCCAGGUGCCUCACUACCUAGAGGAGAGGAAGAAACAGUGGCGUAAAGAAGAAGAGGAGGAGAGGAGGAAGAAACUUAAUCCAUCCGUUCCAGCUGGACACACCUUAAUGUCUGACAGUGACAGGCAGGAAACUCUAAAGACCCUCAAAGAGAGCCAUCGCUCCCUGGUGACAGAGCUGCUGUUGCUUCCUCUCAAAGCCGACAAUCUGAGUGUUCGCUCGCGCCGCGCUCAUCUUGAUAGAAGACUUUCUGAGAUCGAGGAAGCCAUCAAAAUAUUUUCCAGGGAUAAAGUUUAUGUCAAAAUAAAUUCCUAACCAGUAAAGAAGCCAAAGAGGGACAUCCACCUGCUGAAAUGUUUAAAACGUUGAUUUUGACUUUUCUGUUAAAUUAUGCAACAUUACACUGUACCAUGUGACCUAGAGUAUAAUAUUAGUGUUUGAAAAGUAUUGUGUUUUAUACUAGAAACAUGGGAAAUUACACCAACCACAGAAUGAGUAAGCAUUACUACUGGAUCGUAUGAUUUGGGGGGCAGCAAAAUGCUCUCAAAAAUUUUAAAUGACCUUGUACAAAUACAUUUGUAUAUAUUGCUAUAUUUGUUGUUUUAAAGCAUUGAUGUGAUAAGCAAAUCAAAAGAUGACGACAUAGUCUACUUCAAAGCACAAUAUGAAUAUUUCAACCAAUUUUGAUAAAUAUUGUAUAGCCAUUUAGAUAAAGCUGAAUAAAAAUAAUUCAACUUGCAACAACACUGUUGCUAUGAACUUCUUCCAAACAUGCUUUUAUAAGUAAUAUUACGUAUUUUUUAUGAACAUUGUUUCUUUUCAUGGAUUAAAAGCUUGUUUAUAGUUUUGAUUACUGUAGUAUGGUGUGUGAAAGAACUACUAUAUCUCGUGAUCAAAAGUGGAAAUGACAAGUUAAAGUGCUUUAGAAAUAAAGUUGAAUACAUUAUUUAUUUCCCCGUU